UCCGUGGGUGAGCGUGGGCGGCCCCGUGUGGCAGGAGGGGAGAGCGAAACACGACACCCCGACAGCAGAGGAGGGAUAUCCAGCGGGCGAGUGGAAAAAGAAAAAGUGCGAGCCGGAGAAAGGCGCAGAGAAAGAAGAGAGAGUUGGCUCGGCGACUUUUGUUCCUCCGAGCAGCGCCGCCUUUGCACUCCAGGCGGAGAGGAAGAAGACCAUGCUGGUGAUGUGGAGCACAACUCGACCAUGCGACGUGGUUCCAACCAGCAGGAUGAAAUUCUAGACUCCGUUCCUUUGCUCCACCGAGCACACACUCUUCCCCUCCCAACUUCGGCCUGCGCCAUUCCCAGCCGGGCUGCUUGGAUUCCCCCGCGGAGUCGCCGAGCAACUUUUGCGCACCGAGGGAAACAAACCCCGCGGAAAACAAACUUAAAGCAACUCUGAAAGUUUUUGUUUGUGUGUCGCAAGCACAGAGUGACACACAGUGAUAGGCGUCGGACUCCAAAAGAAAAGAAGAAGACAACUUGUUCUCUUCAAACACGGGGAGAACCGACUGUGCUAACAAGCUAACACGCUAGGCAGCUCCAAAGUUAGCACUCGACGGCAAAAGUGAGAAAACAAAGUCCCCGACGGCCACGAUGAAGACCCCGGCGGACACCGGGUUUGCCUUCCCCGAGUGGGCCUACAAGCCGGAGUCCAGCCCCGGCUCACGGCAGAUCCAGCUGUGGCACUUCAUCCUGGAGCUGCUGAGGAAGGAAGAGUACCAUGACGUCAUCGCCUGGCAGGGCGACUACGGCGAGUUUGUCAUCAAGGACCCAGACGAGGUGGCCCGCUUGUGGGGGGCCAGGAAGUGCAAGCCCCAGAUGAACUACGACAAACUGAGCCGCGCCCUCAGGUACUACUACAACAAGAGGAUCCUACACAAGACCAAAGGCAAGAGGUUCACCUACAAGUUCAACUUCAACAAACUGGUGCUGGUCAACUACCCCUUCAUCGACAUGGGCUCUGGUCGCGGCGUUCCACAGAGCGCCCCGCCUGUGCCCACCGGAGGCACCCACUUCCGCUUCCCCCCGUCCACCCCCUCGGAUGUUCUGUCGUCCAGCGAGGAGCUGCGCAGCCCAGGCGUGUUUAGCAGCGUCACGCGCCGCAUCGCCCGCGGCUCCGUCAGCGACUGCAGCGACGGGACGUCCACCAACUCCGAGCUGGAAGAGGCCGUGGGGGCGGAGGAGAGGGCCGUGGGACCUGAGAGGGCGUUCAGGGGUCUCCUCCCGCCCCGCCUCCCUCAUGAGUCGCUCUUCAGGGUUUACGCCGGCGCCCCCAACCCGGCAGGACUCCCCAGACCCACCCACAGGGUUCACCCGGAGCCCCUGUCUCCGUUCCCAGUGUCUCCCCUGCCGGGCCCCGGCGGGCUACUGGCCCCGACUCUGUCCCCAGCCCUGUCCAUGACACCCACCCCCCACCUACCCUACACCCCCUCCCCCUCGCUGUCCUCCCCCAUGAUGGGCUCCCACUUCUCCUUCAACCCGGAGGACAUGAAGCACUACCUGCAGGCCCACACCCAGUCCGUCUACAACUACCACCUCAGCCCCCGCGCCUUCCUUCACUACCCCAACAUCGUCAUCCCGCAGCCCCAUCGCCCCACCCCAGAGAAGCCGGCCGCCUCCCACCUGCAUGCCCCGCACCUGCCUUUCUCCCAUUCACUAGGCGGUCAGCCGGGGGCCGCAGAGGAAGCGCCCCAGCACCCGUCACCCUUCAAGUUCAAGCUGCAGCCGCCCCCUCUCGGCCGCAAGCAGCGGGAAGCGGGAAGCUCAUUGGCAUCUUCAUCCUCUUCCUCCUCUGCAGGCCCCCCCUCCUUGUUUGCUGCGUCUGGUCAGAUGGUGGAAGGAGCGCCCAAGAUCAAGGUGGAGCCCAUAUCUGACAUCGAGUCAGAGGAGGAGGUGGAAGUGACCGACAUCAGCGAGGAAGACGAGAUGAACCACGAAGACGACGACAUCUUCAAAGCCGUGUCCCAUCAUCAGCUCCACCAUCAUUCCAGGAACAACGGGGCCGCAGGCAGCCCCUCCGCCCCCUUCCCACCGCCCUCUGACCCCGACGACGACGAUGAGGUCUUCAAGACUCCGGCCACCCCGCCUCUCGGUGCCGGCCACUUGGCGUUCCCGCUUCUCAGCCUGAAGAGCGAGCCGGCCCCGGGACACCCGGCUCCCGUCAGCCCCGAGGGCACCCGCUGCAUCCCGCUCAAACUCCGCUUCAAGCGCCGCUGGAGCGAGGACCAGAAGAUGGAGGCGGAUGGCGAGAGGGACGAGGCCGAGGAUAAGAAAGUGCGAGCUGAGGGGAGGGAGGAGCCGGAGGUGGAGAACGGGGCGGGGAGGGCCGUCAUCCUGGGCCUGAUGCUGCCGCCACCACCCGCCCGGCGCCGGGCCAGCUCGGAGCUGCAGCGAGCCACCGCUCAGCUGUCUCUGGAGAACGCCACCUGCUGAGCCGACGGACCACGGAUCCUGACGGAUGAGUGACCUUUGACCUGGCGGAACAACCCCACACUCCUUAAAAGGACAUGUUUGGGUUCAACCCUUAAGACCACACUAAACACAACAUGGACGCCGCCCCUCACUGGUGCUGCGGGGUCUCGGACUGAUGCCGACUCGACACAAGUGCCUCACGUAUGCCCACGAGGCGGGGGGGGGGGGGGGGAGCUAGCCGGCCGGCCAGCCAUCUCCCAGACUGAAGAGGGGGGUGCCCUGUCGUCGGCGACUUUACAGAACCGCUUCUUCCCGGGGCGACUAGCGGGGGGCCCCGCCCACUCAGACUCCUGCGUCUGGAGCACGGGAGUCGUGCUCUUCAUUCCCGUGUUGGCGCCGCGUGGCGUUUUUGGGCAUUUCCUGCUUCUUUGUGACCUUUUUAGCGCCGGGUGCCGAGAUCUUUGAUGAUGGGAAGAAAAGAAAGAAGAGUCCAGCUGAAUUACAUAAGAGCGUGCCUUUUUGAAGCCCCGCCUCCCUCGCCGCCACAAAAAUGCCUUCUUGUGUUUUCUAUUUGAGUCGGAAUAUUCGACUAUAAAGCCACUCUAUUUUUAGAUACAGGACGUUCUAUAUAUUCUAUAUGUGGAUGACCACGCCUCCGCCUUCUCCCGCUUGAAAGAACACCACGGGCACAUCUGGGUGGCGCCGCACUCUGAUUGGCUCACACACACAGGAAGUGACAUCAUCAGGGCGUGAAAUAAACUCGAUGUGUAUUUUAUUUUUUGUAUCUAUUUUGAAGUAGCAAGCAAGAAAAAUAAAAAAAAAAAACAUAAAAAGCUGCGCCCCUUUUUGCCUGCCCCCUGCCCCCCCCCACGGUGUUUAUGAUGCCACGCUUGCUGCUGUCUUUCUGUUAGGAACGUCACCCUUUUCUACUUUCUCUCUUUGUCAUCAGUGGACCUGCUCUUCUCUUUUUAACCCCCCCCCAGGAGAUUGCUGGUUUUUAUUGUGUGUGUAUCGUUUUUCAUAUGUGGAGGAUUGUGUAAGAAGACUUUAAAAACAAAAAAAACAACAAAAAAAGCAUAACAUUGUAAUGUUUCACUGUUUUGUUCCUAACACCAGCUCCUCCUCAGCUGUCAGUCAACAUGACUGACAGGGGGUGGGGCCAUGUGACCUUUAUCUUCUCUGUUCAUCUUCACGUGUAAUUAAAACAAUAAUCAGGGUUCAUUAAAAAACAGGUAAAAAUGGAUUUGUUGUUUGGAUUUAUUUGCUGUGUUCUCACCAUGUUAGCAUGCUAACGUGGCUAGCAUAUUUAUCUUGUAUGAAUGUUAGCGUGUUAUGUGACUAGCAUGUUAUUUGUCUUCUAUGAAUGUAAGCAUACUAAUAUGACUAGCAUGUUAAUUUGUGCUCUGUUAUGUGCUAAUGUGACUAGCAUGCUUGUCUUCUCUGAAUGUUAUGUGACAACCAUGUUUGUCUUGACUUGACUAGCAUGCUUAUUUGUUGCGUUUUCUGUAUGUGAAUGGGUUAAUGUGACAAACUUGUUUGUUAGCGUGCCAACCCGAGUAGCAUGUUUGUGUGUUCCCUGUAUGCUAGCGUGCUAAUGUGACAUGUUGAUUUGUUGUUUGCUGUAUGCUAGUGUGCAUUCACUGUAUGUUUGCGCUCUAACGUGAGUCGCAUGUUGGUUUAUUGUGCUCUGAGCAAGUUAGCGUUCUCACGUGACUAGCAUGUUUGUUGCCAUCUAUGCAUGUUAGUGUGCUAAUGUGACUCAUGUUUGUGUUAUAUGCGUGUUAUCAUGCGAUCAUGACUAGCAUGUUUAUUUGUUUAGUUCUGUGCAAGCUAGCGUGCUGAAGUGACUAGCAUGUUUAUUUGUUGCAUUCUUUGCAUGCUAAAGUGACUGCAUGUGUGUUGCCUUUUACGCAUGUUAGCUUGCUGAUGUGAUUAGCAUGUUUGUUUAUUUGUUGCAUUCUCUGUGUAUCAGCAUGCUAAUGUGAGUUGCGUGUUUAUUUGUUGCGUUCUAUGCAUGUUACCGUGUUGUUUGAUGCUUGCGCGUUUGUCUGGCAGGGAGCAGCGACCUGGAUGCGAGAGCAGGCGCUUUGUGUGGUCUUCUGUCAAGUAGACCUUCCUACUUUGUGCUGAGGUACACUGAAAUCUUUCGGCAGAGAUUGGGCCUCCUUUGUCUGUCGUCUUGGCGUCUUUGAGCACAAUGACACGAUGACAUGUGCAGCGUGACACACGCUUUUGUCCAUGUUCCUCUGCCGCAGUGACAUAGCAAUCUUUAACUGAGAGAUAAAAUGGAGCUGAGAUGAAGCGUUUUUCCCCUUCUCUUCUUAGUAAUGUAUCUUUCUUAUGGUAACUUUUAAAGAAAGUUGUGUGAUGGUGCUACCUAAAAGAGGGCUGCAGCUGUGAAUCUAGCGGAGGAUGCUGCCUCAAGUCAAUUCACUCAACAUUUUCCAGCAGGAAGAUGCUUGGACGAGACGUAAUGUGUUGUGCACGCUCUGCAAGAACAGUACUGUAUAACGUAUGCCUGUUGAUGCUUCAUAAUGUCUUUAAUAACUCAAAGGAAUAUGUUAGAGUAUCAAAAACAGGCUUUUGUCCCUUGUUCGCGGUUUCUUGCCAUUCACGUCAUUUUAAAGGCAUUCUCGUUAAUUAAUAUCUGUUUUUUGUUGCUGCCGUCGCAGGGUGUUGUCGCUGCUUUUGAAUCCACGGCUCCCAGCAGGAGGACGGGGCUGAUUGACGGCCUGUUUGGCCUCCAGUGGAGACAGACGGUUGUCUGGCUGAGGGGCGAGGUCAGGGGUCGCGCGCAGACAGAAAACAGAGGGCUAAUUAUCACACAUUGUUAGGAGGCCCCUGCUGGGACGCUACCUUCACUCUCACAAGAGGCAUGAACACGCUCGUGUAGUUCUGCAUGCUGUUUAAACCCCCCCCAAAAAAAACUUUAUUCGACAAUC